GUCUGGCUCGACAGUGGACAUCGGGUCACCAGGUAUGACAGCGGGCACCGGGUCAUCAGGUACCGGAUCGUCUGGCUCGACAGCGGGCAUCGGGUCACCAGGCAUGACAGCGGGCACUGGGUCAUCAGGCAUUGGAUCGUCUGGCUCGACAGCGGGCAUCGGGUCACCAGGUAUGACAGCGGGCACUGGGUCAUCAGGCUGGAUCAGUUCAUCAGGCUGGGUAGGGACAUCAGGCUGGGUAGGGACAUCAGGCUGGGUAGGGACAUCAGGCUGAAGUGCGGCUGGAGGACAGAGAAGAGCUGGAAGAUGGAACAGAGG